AUGACGUUCUGUGGGUCGAAAGACUACAUCGCUCCUGAAGUAAUUGCGCUCUGUGAACGAUCAUCGUCGACGUCAUCUUCAUCCAGUCGAGGCUACGGCAAGACGGUCGAUUUCUGGGCGCUUGGCUGUAUGCUCUACGAGAUGUUGACCGGACAACCUCCGUUCUACAACGCCGCAAGUAGGACGCAGCUCUACUCGAUGAUAAUGGAUGGCGCAGUAUACUUCCCACCAACCAUCAGUGACGAAGCUCGUGACUUGAUGCAAUGUCUGCUACGCACAGACCCGAGAGAGCGUCUUGGAGCACGUCGAGCGUCCGGUGGUGGCGCGACUGCAGUCAAACUUCAUCCGUUCUUCGCCAAGCACCAAAUCGACUGGACUAAACUACUGAAUCGAAGUCUACGGACGCCUCCACUUCGUCCUCGCUCGGGUCAAUUCGCCAAUUUCGACUCCGAGUUCACGUCCAUGGCACUUCGUGGUAUUGAGAGUAUGGUCAAGUUCCCGGACAAGAUCCCGAUGGACUACCAACUCUUCGACAAUUACAACUGGGAGCCACCCAAAGCCACCCAAUAG